CUUAACAUGUAUGAUACUGCUAACUAGGCCAACAUGUCGAUAUUUUGCUAUUUUUAAACCCACUGUAUUUACAUAGAUAGGACGUCGGCGCACAUAAGCAGUUAUUAACUGAUAUACUGAUUAAAGUGUGAGGUAAACUACUUGAAUACAGUCUAAAUCAAGAAACAGAGAUCUGCCAUGGCUAGUGGAUUACGUUUUAAAGAUAAAGUAGCUAUUAUAACUGGUGGAUGUAGUGGUAUUGGUAAAGGAUGCGUCGAAGUUUUUGUCGAAAACGGAGGAACAGUGGUCGUGUUUGAUAUAAACGAUAAAGUUGGAAAUACACUUAGUUUACCAGGACCUGGAAAUGUUUCAUAUAUACACUGUGAUGUGACUAACGAAGAAGAAAUAAAGAACAGUAUUAAAUUGACGGUUGAGAAGCACAGUAAAAUUGAUUGCCUUAUUAACGACGUUGGAAUGCAUCAUGGCAGUCAUCUGAUUGACAACCUAACUGUUGACAGUUUCCGACAAAUCCUUAAUAUUAACGUCGUAAGCAUGUUUGCAAUGAGUAAGUAUGCUCUACCUCAUCUUCGGAAGACUAAAGGCAGUAUAGUUAACAUGUCGAGUUUUAGUGGGACAAAUGCACAGGCAGAAACACCAACUUAUUGUUCAUCAAAGGGUGCUAUUAUCUCGUUGUCAAAAGCGUUGGCUAUAGACGAAGCCAAGAAUGGUGUCAGAGUCAAUGCGGUAUGUCCAGGACCAAUAAAUACACCACUUCUUCAAAGUUGGUUAGAACAAGAAGGAGAAAAGGGGAAAUUAGUGAAAAAUUGGUCGCAACUUGGACGAUUUGGAGAGCCACGUGAAAUAGGUUUGGCAUGUCUAUUUUUAGCAGCAGACGCCACUUUCACAACUGGUGCAGAACUUAUGUGCACUGGUGGUUGUGAAAUCGGAUAUGGUGUAAAAUAGAACUUUUUUCUUGAAAUAAUAAAUGAGUUUACCUUUUCAAGAAAUAAUUUUGUCACUCUGCCAAUGCCUAAUUGUAUACGAUCGUGUAAAAUAAUACUAAGGAAUGUGAACAUUUCUGAUUCGGUUUAAUUAAGGACACUUCAUAUUCGCCAUAACUGUCGGCGGUGGAGCAAAAGCGAUGGAUAAAAAUGGCGUCGAGCUCUUCUUUCGCAGACGCACUAAAAGCACUUUGAACAAAAGGUUCGUCAUAAAAAGAUGAUGCACACAGCGCAAAAAGAACAGGAUGUUUCUUUCAAAGUCAAGCUCAAACCUAAAGGUCGGCCAAAGAUUAAAAAAAUUACUUCGCCUUCCCUCUGACUGUUUUGCCAAAUCUAUUCUGAGUACAAAUUAUGCCUAUUUUCUGUUUAGAGUGCCCCAUUUGAUUUAUGAAAACAUUUUAUUUCAUUUUUCAUAAUUGAUUUUAGUGUACCUCAUUGGAGCACCUUUUAACAUACUA